AUGGAAGAUCGUUUCAGCGAGUAUUCCCACAGGAUGCGUCUGGAUCGCUACAGAAGUGUCUGGGAUCGUUCCGACAGAUUGUCGCUCAUUCUCAUGAAGUUUGGCAGCAUCUCCUGUAUAGCCCUUUACACCUUUUACGUGUACAACUCAAACAUGUUUUCUCCAGAAAGGAAGUUAAUUUAUCCCAUUUGGGUUCCCUUUUCUGUGGACUAUGACUUAAACUAUUUCCUGACGGUCUGUUUGCAACUGACCAUUUUCUCACUCUACUCCUUCAUCCAUGUUUCUGGAUGUGGAAUUUGCAUAGGAGGUUCCCAUUUUAUAGGUGCAUCAUUCGAUGUGAUCGGUCUAGCAUUUCGAGAUCUGUGCAAGACUAAGGUUUUACCAAGGGGUGAUAAAGAAAAGCCCAGUCGGCACCUAACCCUCGAGGCUUUGCAACUGGAAAAACUUAAAUCCUGUGUUGACGCUCAUGUUGCUAUUUUGAGUGUUAUCAAAGACUACAAAUCCAUGUUCGAAGUUAUCCUGCUGGAAGUCCUGAUAUCCUGUGAGAUUAUCAUAUGUUUUGCUGGAUUUCAGGUUGUAUUGGCAGUGGAAAAGAGAGAUUACCAGAAAGCGAUCCUAUUAUCCUGCAUGGCACUUUUGCUGGUGUUCCAUCUGUUCAUGUUUUGCUAUCCGGGACAGCACAUAUAUAACAAGAGUGAGCAACUGAGGGAAACUCUGUACCUCAGUCAGUGGGAGGAUCAGAGUCUACAGUUCCAGAAGUGUUUGGGCUUCAUGUUGAUGGGGACCCUGAAACCUGUCACAGUCUCCUGUCGGGGGAUCAUGGAUGCUUCCAUGUCCUCAUUCUUUCACGCGCUAAGGACAGCCUUCUCUUACGUAAACAUCCUGCUAAUCCUGAGAGGCGUGCGUUAA